AGGAGUCAUCUUAGAGGAGAGUCAUGUAACAUAGGCGCGCGUUGUUUCGUCCGGGCGGCUCCGACGCGGCGACGCCUACCAGAAGAAGCAGGCGCAGCGCUCGCGGCCGCGCGCCGGGACGGCGUCGGCGACCUUUGCGGGCGACGGCCCGGCCGGCGCCAUCGGCGCGGCGGCGUCCGCCGACGUGACAACCCGAACCUUCGCCGGCGCGGGCGUCGUCGUCGCCUCGGGCACGGGCGUCGGCGCGGGCGUCGGCGUCGUCGCGGGCACUUUUUUUUGGGGAGAGAAGACCUUCUCGACCGCCGACGCGACGCGCUCGAGGAUCGGCGAGCGCGGCGCCGCCUUGGCCUUGGACGUGGCCGCCGGCGCGACGUUCUCGACGUCUCGCGGGUAGUCGACGCUCAUGCGGUGCUUGGAGCGCUUACGCACGGACUUGGGCUUGCUCUUGGCGGCGGCGGGCAUGGUGCUGACCUGCGAUGCGGGGCGUUCUGUUUGCGUCCUAGCUGCGUCCUAGCUGCGCCGUGCGGUUUCCGCGCUGUUGCUUACUUUUUUCGCUGGGCUGUUCUUACUGGUGGCGCCUGCGCGGGGCGGCGGCGGUCUUCGCAGCGGCGCGGUAGCGCAGCGAAGAAGGCGGCGCGGCGCGGCCCGCGCUCGCCAGCAGCCAGGCUUCGCUGCAGCGCCGCGGCUGCUUUUCUCGGCGCGCACGCGUCGGCGCGCGGCGCGGAAAGCUGCUGUGGCGCACGCGAGCAGCGCGGCACGCUGCUGAAAGGCCAAUCGACGCAGCGCUGCACCUCCGCGCGUUGGUAGAGCCAAUGAGCAAAAAGCAACAGCCCUCUGCCGCCAAGCUCCGGCCCCACGGGAAGCCCAAUGCGAGGAGCCGCCAGACACGUCUCCGG